AUUCUCUGCAUAGCCGCUCCCUAGUAAAUGUUUGGGUCCACUAUCUUUGAAACAAAAUGCCGUCGACAAUCAAAAUCGCCGUGAUCCAACUUUAUGCCAAAGUCAAUCCUGCCCACUUCCUGCGUACCAGUACUUAGGUUACGAUAUAUACAUAUAACUAACCCCUUCCAGCCCUUGGACCCAGAACACAACUUCACCAAAGCCGCCUCCUUCAUCCGGUCCGCCGCCGCCCAAGGCGCCCACCUCGCCGUCCUCCCAGAAUACCACCUCACCUCGUGGGUGCCCCAAGAACCGACCUUCCUCCCGCUCUGCGACCAAUGGGAGACGUACCUGAAAAAGUACCAAGCCCUAGCCAAAGAAUGCAACAUCUGCAUCGUCCCCGGCACACUCGUCGAAUCCCACCGCGGCGCCUCGUCCGCGGAAGACAAACUCCUCAACGUCGCCUACUUCAUCUCCAACUCCGGUAGCGUCGUAGGCAAAUACGUCAAGAAGAAUCUCUGGGGCCGCGGCGAGCGCGAGCAUCUGACGUCCAGCGGGCGGGAUGUGCAUCAAGUAUUCGACACGCCGCUGGGCAAAAUCGGAUUGCUGAUUUGCUGGGAUCUGGCGUUUCCCGAGGCGUUCAGGGAGUUGCUGAGUGCGGGGGUGGAGAUCGUCGUGGUGCCGGCUUUUUGGAAGACGACGGAUUGCGGCGAGGAUGGGUUGGGGAGGAAUCCGUGGGCGGAGGGGGUGUUUUUGGAUAGUGUGGUCACGGCGAGGGCGUUUGAGAAUACGUGCGUGGUCGUUUUCACCAACGCGGGUGGUCCACCAGGGGAACAGUUUGUUGGAUUGUCUCAAGUGGCUGUCCCGUUUGCAGGUCCACUGACGCGGCUGGGGAGUUCGGCGGAGGGGAUGAGCGUCGUGGAUGUGGACAUGAAGAUUUUGGAAGAGGCCGAGGCGAAUUAUGGGAUCAGGGCGGAUCUGGCGAGGGAGGAUUGGCAUUAUGACUAUAGGCAUUCGAUUCGGGACAGGGCGUAGGCGGAUACAUGUUCUGGGAAGGUUCUGCUGAGAGUUAAUGUAGACCCGGCCUGCUAUUACACUACCUAAUAAUUCCCAAGUAUGAAGUAUUAGCUAAAUGAGGAAUGUAUACAAUGAUAUAACCUGCAC